AAAUGCAGUUGCGCUCAAUUUCCGCGCUUAAAUUUCUGUAAUUGUGGUAAUGUGUAAUUGCAUAUCCAUCGGCGCGUAGGAGCAGCUGCAUAAAAUUUCGCGGCGAGAACCGUUGAAAACUGUUAUGUACACACUAACUCUCAAGAGCGUUUAGUCGCUGCUGCUGCUGCUGCUGCAGUCCGUAUGUGCAGCCAUGUAUAUACAGUUAUUAUACGUUUCGCAGUCGAUAUAGCGCCUAUACUAGAGUUUGCCAAUGCUAAACACGCAAACCUCCAGCAGCUGGUGGUGUAGCCGCGAGCAGCACGCAGAGCUGCAGUACUACAACAGUAACAGUUUGGCGCAUGGUUGCUCCUUCGUAACUUGAAAGUUUUGCAUCAACGCGAAAAAUUUUUACGCGAAAUUUUUCCCAGCCCCCGGACUGUGUGACAGAUCGCUGUUGUUAUGGUGCGCUGCAACGGCAUGUCGUCCACACGCAAAUGAACUCAGCUGCUGCUGCUGCUACUCUACUGCCACUGCCUGUUACUAUAUGUAAAUACCCAUUGCCCUUAUUUACGAGCGUGAGUGCACGCGACCUCAAGACUCUUACACUUGGGAUUUUCACAAUUGAGUCUGAUUUUUGCAUUUCGUUACACAAACGAUCUCGUGAAUUGUGUGCUCAAGAUUGUGUCGAAUAAUCGUGAUAACGACUUUUGUUCACUGUUGUGACUUUAUCGCGAACAUUGUCCGAAACUGCUUACGACGCGUGACUCCAAUGAAUUAUCAUACGAUUUUAUUACCUUGUCACCCUCGUCGGCAGUGUCAAAGCCAUGCUGUGUAUCCUCGUUCCAUACUUUAGCCACAUUCAAGGAUUUGAAAAAGUUCAAGGAACACAUUCAGUGAUAUGUAUGUAAUUAGAACAGAAAGUGCUUGCAUGUUAACACAAUGUUCAGAUGCCCUAGAGAUGCUGUCAGAGUUAAAGUUAAGAAGUUUGAAACACCACAUAAGCCAGAGUACAGAAAGUUUAGUGUGGAUCCUCAAAUAACAUCUAUAGAAGUUCUUCAAAGUAUUUUGAUCAAAGCUUUUGAUAUUAAAGGGGAGUUCACUGUUUCGUACAGAGCAACAGAUGAUUAUGGAGCAGAGACGUAUCUGUUUCUAUUAUCAGAUUGGGAUUUAGACGCUGCUUUUAUAAGUGCUUCAGAGCCUUAUCUUUAUUUACAAGUCAACUUAAAACCCUUUGGAGAAACUAAUGAAUGUGAAAGCGAUUGGGAACAAAAUGUUCACCAACAUGUGGCUUCAAGACCAGAGCUGGGUUUUGCAUACAAGACCCCCAGAUUACCUGGCAUUAUUAUGAAUAAGAUGGAAAAAACAUUUAAUCUUGUACAAAGAGCCUUAGGUAAUUUUGGCGAUGAUUCGAAUCACGGUAAUAAUCACCCACCCCGUCCACCAUUGGCAGACAACGAGUUUCGAAAGUUUUUGGAUCCUAUUGGUCAGGUCGUUCAAUCGAAAGAAUUACGCGCCGUUAUAUAUUUCGGGGGCAUCGAGCCGAGUCUUCGAAAAGUCGUCUGGAAGCACAUUCUCAACGUCUAUCCCGACGGCAUGUCGGGUCGUCAGAGAAUCGAUUACAUGAAGAACAAGUCGCAGGAGUACAUCAAUCUGCGAGACUCGUGGAAAAAUCUCAUGCAGAACGGGCAGAACGUCGGCGAAUUGGACUACGUCACGAGUAUGGUCCGUAAGGACGUUCUGAGGACCGAUCGGCAUCACAAAUUUUACGGUGGCUCGGACGACAACCAGAACACGGCGAGCCUGUUCAAUAUUUUAACGACGUACGCCCUGAACCAUCCCUCCGUGAGUUACUGCCAGGGUAUGAGUGACUUGGCUUCGCCGCUUCUCGUCACGAUGAGGGACGAGGCUCAAUCGUACAUAUGUCUGUGCGCCCUCAUGAGGCGGCUUCAAGAAAAUUUCAUGCUCGACGGUAUCGCUAUGACGACCAAGUUCGCGCAUCUGUCGGAAGGUUUACAAUUCUACGAUCCGGAGUUUUACGCCUACCUGAAAUCCUACCAGGCGGACGAUCUUCUCUUCUGCUACAGAUGGCUGCUGUUGGAAAUGAAGCGCGAAUUCGCCCUCGACGACGCGAUGCGUAUGCUCGAAGUAUUAUGGGCGUCGAUCCCGGCCUCACCGCCACCGAACGGCGAGCUGAAGCUCUUCGAGGUGAAAUUUCCACCGGCCACUCCUCCACCUAGUCCGAAUAUCAAACAAAUCCGAGAAAACGCCUACACCAAAGUCUGCGCAAUCAGACGGCAGAGUUCGGGAGCGAGCUCCGGCAGCGCGAGAAGGCGCACAGUGAGCAACACCGAUGAGCCCAUUGCCGAAAAUUGCGCAACGGAAAAUCCCCCGGGAUCCACCAGAAGACUGGGCGACAGACCUCAGCUGUCGGAUCCAACCAGUGAAAGUCCCGAAGUCCGUCACACCAGAAAUCGUAUUAAUCUACCGACCGAAAAGUGCCUCAGCGUCGACUCGGCGCCCAGUCCCAAACCUUUCAAACGCAUGACGUCGCUGCUCGAUUUCGAAGAUCGUCGUCUGGGAGUUUUGAGCAAUGGUAACAGUAGCCUGGAUCAGCAAAUCAAGGCUCAAGCCGGCAAGUGCGUGAGAGUCGUGAAGAAUCUCAACGAGUUUCUGAAUUUCGCUAGUCUCAACAAGAGCCGCAUCAUGCCUAGCGAUAACGACUCCGAAACAUCUGCCAGGCUGCCCAAUGUAAUGUCGAUGACGACAACGGCGUCCAAUCUGUUAUCGACCAAGAGCUCGAGAGGCGACGCCAAUUCACCAGAAGAUAAUUUGACGGAUUUUUUUCCCAUGACCACAUCUAUGACGAGGGAACUACGGUUGGAGUUGGAGUCGCUGGAUCGUCAAGUAUUCGGACCAUCUCCGCCGAUCAACGAGCAUCCAGCUGACAGUCCGUUGUCGAAAUUGGAGAACGAAAUCAUCGAGAGUGAAUCAGAAAGCGAACUGCCAAAGUGUAGUCCAGCUGCGGAUGUUUUCGUCUGGGAAAAUCCUCUGCAUUCGAUACAAAAUAACAAACAGAACUCAACGACUCCGGACGAGCAAGCUGAACUGGAGUUCGACGGUGAAAUAUUGAAGGAUCAAAACGGCGUCAAAUCUGUCACGCCUAUCAGACUGCUCAAACGUAAUACAAAGUGCGACGAUUUAUCGGACAGCGACGGCACCGACAGUUGGCCGCAAGAAGAGCCUCCGACGAUAGACGAGGAAGCGAGCCCACCCACGUCCGUAGUUCAGGAGCAGUGCGAAGAAGCGACCGAACUGACUAAUCUCAUUCCAUCGGGCACCUGCGACGACGAGACGCAACUGGGCAGCGACAAUCUACCGGCGCCCAACGAGUUCGGCGGCGGCAAUCCGUUCCUCAUGUUCCUCUGCAUCACACUGCUGCUCCAGCAUCGCGACCACAUAAUGCGCAAUCAGAUGGAUUACAACGAGCUGGCGAUGCACUUCAAUAAAAUGGUGCGACAACACGACGUCAACAAGGUGCUCAACCAAGCGAGACAGCUAUUUGCCGGCUAUCUCAAGCGACAUUCAGCCAAGUCUGAGUACAUCAACGUUUGAAAAAUUUCUACAUUAUACGUACGACGAAUAAUUAUCCUAUUAGGCGGCCAGUAUCGAUUGCAACAAUUUUCCUUGCGAGUCAUAUAAAGUAGAGAAGAGAAGAGAAUCGAUCGCUGCUGCUGCUAUCACAAAACACAGAGUGCAAGCUAGUUUCUAAAAUGCAAAAAUAAACGAUUUAUAGCUGUUAAGUUGAAAACUAAAAAAAAUCGCAACAAAAGCUUAUUAUAUGAAAUCGAUAUUUAUCUGAGUAAGUAUUUUAAGGCGAUGAAUCACACUAUAUAUGUAUACAGAUUAUGUAUAUAUAUAUUUAUACAUUUUACCGUUGUAUUCAAAUCAAAUAGAAACGAUAACAUAUAUUUUUGUCGAUGUUAUUACAUCGUGCAAUUCGUUCUUGUCAAAGGCAAAGACUUAUUAUUGUUUACAUA